GUUUACUAGAAUUGUAUUAUAUUGAUAUUGCCAUGAGCAUUUGAGAAUGUGGGGCUUGCAUCAAAUAUGAAAUGAAGCUCAUGAAAUCUGGUAAAAUUUUUAGUGGUCUUAGAACUUGUUUUAAACAAUGGAGCGAUAGAGUUACAAACACAAUGUCAAAACAUACGAUCACACAUUUUAUAGGUAGGUAGGUUUUAAAACAUGAUAACUGAUUCAGAAGAUCUCGAUAUAUUUGUUUAAUUAAAUAUUUACCUGCAUUGCUUUUUUUUUAAUCAUCAGACACUUUCUUUGUUUCUGUCAAUAAGUUUAGUUAUUUAAUCGAAAUGAUAAUAAACAGUCUUUAGAAACGGCUUAAAUAAUUAUUAUAUAUUUGUUUCAAAAAAAAAAAAAAAAAUUAAGUUAAAUAUGAAACGCCAUUUACUUGAUAAAAUCCUACUAAUGCAAUGUAUAGCUUUAGCUGUAAAUGCUGAAAGUUACUACUCCAUUAAUGCACCCGGUGUUAUAAAAUCAAAUCGUAAAUAUUCCGUUUUUGUUGCUCUCCAUGACGCCAGUGGACCAUGUUCUAUACGUAUUGCCAUCGAGGGACCCAGUUUGAAUGAGUUUAAAGAUGUAAAUUUAAAACCAUACGAAACGCAAUUAAUAGAUUUUUUACCCAAAAAACUUUUACAUGGAAUUUAUAAACUAAAAGCUGAAGGCUUAUCCGGUUUGAUUUUUAAAAACGAAAGUACUUUAAACGCUUAUCCAGAGUAUGGUCCAAAAAUUUACAUACAAACUGAUAAGGCCAUUUAUAAACCACAAGAUAUAGUUAAUUUUCGAGUUUUGAUUUUGGAUGAACAUACAAGACCGUUAAAUAUAAGCGAUCCCGUAAGCAUAGAAAUAUUGGAUGCGGAGAAAAAUCGCGUUAAACUAUUUAAUAACAUAACGCUUACACAUGGCGUUUUUACCGGAUAUUUCAAAUUGUCCAAAUAUCCCUUAUUAGGUCAAUGGGAUAUUAAAGCAGUUCUAGGUGGAAAAUACGAUUAUUCCCACUUUAAAAGCAUAACAAUUUUAGACUACGUUUUACCCAAAUUCAGUGUAUACCUUAAAACUCCAACGAAUGUUGUCCUAGAGGAUGGUUAUAUUAAAGUAGUGAUCUUUGGAAAAUAUACAUUUGACAAACAUGUAGAAGGUAAUGAUACAGUGGAAUUAUGGAAUGAUGACGUACUUCUACAAACCAAACAUAUUGAUAUAGAAAAUUUAAGUUUUGUCGAGUUCAAUAUUAAGAAUGAAACGAAUCUUAAUGAUACCAACACUCUAAAGGUCGAGGCAAAACUAACCGAUAAGCAGACGGGUAGAACUGAGGAAGAAAAGAAAAAUAUAAAUUUACAUAAUCAACGAUAUAAUAUUGAUAUACCAUAUGAGGAAAUAGAAUUUGAAAAUAAUAAACCUUAUCGCCUGAGUGUUUAUGUUAAACAUUGGUCGGGAGCAGCAGUUUUAGAUCACACUACGCCAGUUAUCAUGGAGCAUGGCAGUAAAAAGUAUGAAUCAUUUUUGGAUGAAAACGGUGUAGCAACAUUUGAAUUUGAACACGAUCCAAAUGCCAAUCAUUUGUUUAAAUUCAAAGAUUCCAAAGAAGAAUUAUACAACAUUUACACAAGUGAAAAUUUAAUGUUAAAUAACAGAGAAUACUAUUGUCGUCUUAAGCUGCUAGAUCAAAAACUUAAACUUGGAAAACCUGUUCAAAUUGAGGUCAGCUCUAUUGUCAACCUGCCUUAUUUGAUGUACACGAUAAUGGGUCAUGCAAGUCUCAUAAGAACGCAGCAUAUAAAAGUACCACCCAAUCAAAAGUCACAUAUCAUUACUAUUACACCCACAAUUGAAAUGAUACCCAGUUCCUUUAUUUAUGUGUAUUACGUUCACAAAGGUAAUUUACAUUAUGAAGAGAUGCUCUUGAGAUUUCCCCAUGAAUUCGAAAAUCAGAUUACACUGUCAGCACCUAAAAAAGUCAAGCCUGGUUCAGAGGUAACAAUUGCUAUAAAUGCACAACCCAAGUCGUAUGUCAGUAUAUUGGCAGUGGAUUUGGCUGUAUAUUUAUUGGAUAAUUCAUACGACUUAGAUAGGAACGACAUUCUGGAUGAGUUGAAUCAUGAAAUUUCAUAUACUCCCAUACCGGCUUUGGUAUAUCCCGGUUUAACGUCUGGACUGGUGACUUUAACAAAUGCUCAUUAUCCAUUUGAAAUGUUGACAGUCAGAGUGUCACCAGUAAUUCAAAAACCAUAUUCACUUCGUUUUCGUCAAAAAUUUCCAGAGACCUGGAUAUUUGAUAACUUUUUAAUCAACGAAACCGAUACCAAAUUAACACUUCAAAUACCGGAUGCCAUAACUACAUGGCGCAUAACGGCAUUUUCAAAUAAUGAUAUUUUAGGAUUUGGUAUAGUAAAUGGACCCACAGAUAUUACAACCAUACAAAACUUUUUCAUAUCGCUUAAUCUACCAAACUCAGUGAAACGUGGUGAAAUUGUCACGAUACCUGUAACAAUAUAUAAUUAUUCUAAUCAGACACUUGACACAGAAGUAAUGCUACACAACAAUGAUGGAGAGUUUGAUUUUAUGGAAUCAACAAUACAGGGUGUUGAGAAAUCAAAUGAUGAUCAACAACAAAUGAAAUUAAUUACAGUGCCGGAGGACAAAGCCAAGACAGUGAAAUUUAUUAUAUAUCCCAUAAAAACAGGAGAAAUAAGUCUUAAAGUUACAGCCUCAAGUUCCAUGAAUUCGGAUGCUGUUCUGCAGAAACUUAAAGUUGAACCAGAAGGUGUACCUAAACAAAUUAAUCAAGCUUCAUAUUUAAGUAUUCCGGCCGGGGAGAAAAUAUCAUCAUCUUUUAGUAUCAAAGAGCCCUUAGAUAGUGUACCCGAUUCCGAUUAUAUAACAUUUUCUGUGGGUGGUCAUUAUCUAGUGCCCACAGUGGAGAAUUUCAAUGAUCUAAUACAAAUGCCCACUGGCUGUGGUGAACAAAAUAUGGUCAAUUUUGCUCCUGAAAUCUUAAUUUUACAAUAUCUUAAAGCAAAUGACAAACUAACGAAAGAGAAGGGUUUAGUGGAAAGUUUACGUUCAUCAAUUGAAGUUGCUUACCAACAACAAUUGUCAUUUCGUCAUGAAAAUGGUGGUUACAGCGUCUUUGGCAUGGAAACCGAUGAAGAACCCAAUACUUGGUUAACCGCCUAUGUGGUGCGUUACUUUAUUAAAGCUUCGCAAUUUAUAUCGAUUGAAACAAAAGUAAUUGACUCAGCUUUGGAAUAUUUGUCCGGUCAACAAAAAUCCAAUGGAGAGUUUCCCUAUACAGGAUAUUUAUUAAAUCCAAAACAUAAAAAUGCAUAUGGACUUACUGCUUUUAUACUGUUGGCGUUUUUAGAAAAUGAAAAAUAUGCUACGCAAUAUGCAAAGAAUAUACAAAGUGGAGUAGAAUUCCUAACUUCAAACUUGAACAACACCCAGGAUAUUUAUGCCUUAUCAUUGAUAGCAACUGCUAUUAAACGUGCUAAGCAUCCCAGUGCCCGAUCUUUAAUAAACAAAUUAAAUCCACUUUGUAAAGAGCAUAACGGUCUCAAGUGGUGGUCGGCAAAUGAUCAAAACUUGGCCGAUGAUAUUGAAAUUACAUCGUACUCAGCAAUGGCUCUGCUGGAAACUCCCGGAGAUCAUACUUCAAUCUUAAAGUGGCUGAUAGAACAACGUAAUGCUAAUGGAGGUUUUACGUCUUCUUAUGAUACUGUCGUGGGCAUGGAAGCCUUAGUGAAGUUUUCUGAUGUAUAUAAAAAUCUUAAAAAUGUAAAUUUAAAGAUUUCUUAUAGUGCCACAGAUCGGAAUGGCACUGAAGUGGCAAAGGAUGUGUUCAGAGUAAAUUCCAACACUUUGCUAGAUUUGCAUGUAAUUGAGUUACCACAAUCUACACGUCAUAUUACUUUCGAAAUGGAGGGUAAUGGUGCCUCAUUGGUGCAACUCAAUCAUCAGUAUAAUAUUUUAAAUAUGGAAGAAUUUAAACAUUUUGAUAUUCAACCUAAAACAAUAUUUAAAAAUGAUGAAGAAAUGAAUUUGGAAGUUUGUUUCACUUAUCAUGACGAUUCGAAUAUGCUAAAUGAAAUCACCACCAACAUGAUUAUAAUGGAAGCAAAUUUACCCUCCGGUUUCAAAACUAAUGCAGAGAAGGAAAUGGUUUUAAGAGAAAACAAUAUUGUCCAAAAAAUCGAUUCUAAAAAUUCAGAAUCUAAAAUUAUUUUAUAUUUAGAUAAAUUACAGUCGAAGAGUAAUCACUGUCUAGAAAUUUUUGCAGAUAGAACCAAUGAAAUAUUAAUGCCAAAACCGGCUGCAAUUAUAAUGUAUGAUUAUUAUAACUUAAGUCGUUCGAAUACAAAAUUUUAUAGUUUGUAAAUAAAGUUUGAAACGAUUUUUUUUUUUGGGUAAAUGAAACUGAAAGUAUGAAAAAUUUUACAAUGAUGGGUAUAAUAAUAUCGGACAGAUGUUCGCGGCGACCUUACAAAACAGCUGCUUAUUCUUUGAUCAACAUGUUUUAAAAGUUUUUAGCAAAAUGUCUGAAUUAUCUCGUAAUUAAUAUCACGAAUUUUAAAUUUGAAGGUUAUUAUUUAUAUGAUUGGUUCUGUAUAUAUUAAUUUCAUUUAUUGUUUAACUUGUUCUAU